GGGCCUGUGCUGGGCGCAGACACAUGAUCCCAGGGACCUGGCUGAGUGGAGCUGAGACCAUCCGGCAGCCUGAGCACACUUCUGCUCCCUGCUUCCAGGACCCACCCGGCAAGAGGGCCCCUCUCCUCUGACCAUCCGAGAGGAAAUGCCUUUGACCAGCCACAGGACGGGCAGCAGCCGAAGGAAGGUCAUCUGGGCUCUGUGCUUCCUGCUUCUGCUCCUUGAAGCAGGUUCUGCCAAGAAUAUCUGGAAACGGGCAUUGCAUGCGAGGCUGGCAGAGAAGUCCCGAUUAGUUUUAGACUGGCUAGUGCAGCCGAAACCUCGAUGGCUUGGGGGCAACGGCUGGCUUCUGGAUGGCCCGGAGGAGGUGUUGCAAGCAGAGGCCUGCAGCACCACAGAGGAUGGGGCAGAGCCGCUUCUCUGCCCCUCGGGCUAUGAGUGCCACAUCCUGAGCCCAGGUGACGUGGCUGAGGGCAUCCCCAACCGUGGGCAGUGUGUCAAGCAGCGCCGGCCAGCAGAUGGACGAUUCUUCCGACACAAAUUUUACAAAGAAUAUCCAGAGGGCGCCUUCAAGAAUGUGGCAGAACCUGGGAAAGGACAACAGAGGCACUUCCCAUAAAGUGAUGGCAGCAGCCAGUGCACAAGAACAUUCCUCCACUUUCUGCUAAGCCUUGGAAACAGUUGGGUAAAAAAAUGUUUUUCAACCCCUAGAGGUCAUGCCCAGCUCAACAGAGCAUGACCCCAGAGAUGCUUGGAGACAGGACACCUGGCUCUCAACCCCCGUGGGGCCCUGCCUGGCUGGGUGACUUUGUGGGAGCCACUCACCAGCGCCUGGUCCCUGUUUUAUGAUCCUGGAAAGGAGGCACACCAAGCAGUCCCCUUGACCUUGUAGCUCCCUGGAUCGUCCGUGGGAAGAAGUCACUGCCUUUGUGAGCUGUGUGAAGCCCAUUUUUAAGACAGAGUUCCAUGUCUUGCUUGGUACUGGUUUCUUCCAGGUUUGACUCCAGGAGGCACGUACCCAUCCCACGUGUUCUCAAGAUAAGUUUGCUCAUCAUAAAAUGGAAAUGAACUUAC